AACUACUAUGAAUAUUUCAUCAAUAAAAAAAUAAUAUAUAUACUUAGUCCAGAGAACUGUUUCUUGUUCAUCACGACAAGUGCGACUAUAUAACGAGCGCCGACCAUGGCCAUAAAUAUCGACAAAAAAAUAGCACAAAUUAACAGCAACAAGGCGAUCGAGGUAGCGCCCGAGUUUAGUAACCAAACCAAGAACACAGCACCAUGACCUGCGAGGCGGAGGCGGAGGCGGGGUCGGGGGCGGGGGCGGAGGCAGCGCACUUCGUGCUGGUUCCUCUGAUGGCGCAGGGGCACAUGAUCCCCAUGGUCGACAUGGCGCGCCUCCUCGCGGAGCGUGGCGUCCGCGUCACCCUCAUCACCACUCCGGUCAACGCCGCGCGCAUCCGCCCCAUCAUCGACCAGGUCAGCAGGUCGAACCUCCCCGUCGAGUUCGUCGAGCUCCGGUUCCCCUGCGCCGAGCUCGGCCUCCCCGAGGGGUCCGAGAACGUCGACCUCCUCUCCUCCCCGGCGUACUACAAGCCCUUCUUCGACGCCAUGAAGCUGCUAAAGGAACCCUUAGAAGCGCUUCUGCGGAGCCAACACCGGCGCCCCGAUUGCAUGAUCGCCGACAUGUGCAACGGGUGGACGAAGGACGUUGCUCGUCGGCUCGGGAUCCAGCGGCUCGUCUUCCACGGCCCCUCCUGCUUCUACAUCCUCUGCGCCUAUAACAUGGUCCAGCACCGUGUCUACGACCGCGCUACUGACGAGCUCGAGCCCAUUGUCGUGCCCGAUGUGCCUGUCGAGGUCGUGACUAACAAAGCCGAGUCCCCGGGCUUCUUCAACUGGGCUGGGUGGGAGGACCUCCGGGAUGAGGUAGUGGAGGCGGAGUCGACCGCCGAUGGGGUCGUCAUCAACACCUUCUACGAUCUGGAGCCUUCAUUCGUCGACUGCUACGAGAAGAUCAUGCAAAAGAAGGUGUGGACGGUGGGGCCGCUGUGCCUUUACAGCAAGGACGUCGACAGCAAGGCCGCGCGCGGGAACAAGGCCGCGGUCGACCACCGCGACGUCACCACCUGGCUCGACAGCAAGGGCGCAAGCUCCGUCUUCUACGUGAGCUUCGGCAGCCUAGUGUGCACGCGACCGAUGCAGCUCAUCGAGAUCGGAAAGGGGUUGUUAGAAUGCGCCGAUCACCGGCCCUUCAUAUGGGUGGUGAAAGAAGCCGAGAUAGUCCCCGAGGUGGAGAAGUGGCUUUUGGAGGAGCACUUUGCGGAGAGAACUAAAGAGAGGGGCCUCCUCAUAAAGGGUUGGGCUCCACAAACGGUGAUCCUGUCGCACCCCGCGAUCGGCGGCUUCCUAACGCACUGCGGAUGGAACUCCACGCUGGAGGCGAUCUCCGCGGGUGUGCCGAUGCUGACUUGGCCGCACUUCGCCGACCAGUUCCUCAACGAGAAGUUGGUCGUCGACGUUUUGAAGAUCGGGCGCUCCCUUGACGUGAAGGUGCCGAGCACGCACGUCACGGACGACUCGACGCUGCUGGUGACGAAGGAGAAGUUGAGGAAGGCGGUGUCGGAGUUGAUGGAGGGAGAGGAAGGGGAGGAGAUGCGGCGGAGGGCGAAGGCGUUGGCCGAGAAGGCGAAGAAGGCCAUGGAGGAGGGAGGGUCUUCUUAUAGAAAUAUGGAUGAUAUGAUCGAGUAUAUGGCGGGGCGCUACGGAAAGGAGGAGAAGGUGGAAGAUGCGGUAAGGGCCUCUCCAAUGGUUUUAGCGCCCAUGUUGUCGUAACUUGAGAUCUUGACAUUUGCGUUGAGACCAAAAAAAAAAAAAAAAAAAAAAAAAAAAAAAAAAAAAAAAAAAAACUUAUUAGAGAUUCUGAAACGAUCGAUUAUUAUGAAUAACCAUUGUGUACCGUUAAUACA